AUGCAGAAUGUAGCAGGUGAAAUGAUGAAUCUUUAUAUCCCUAGAAAAUGUUCUGCUACGAACAGACUAAUCACUGCCAAGGAUCACGCAUCCGUCCAAAUCAAUAUUGGACACUUGGAUGAUAAUGGAGUGUACACCGGCCAGUAUACCACUUUUGCUCUUUCUGGCUUUAUUCGUGCUCAGGUUUGUUCCAUCUUUGAACUAAAGAUCAUGGAGGAAAGUGAGACUUCUAAGGAGAAUGCUGAAAGGCCUCCGCGAGUGGAUCACUGGGCAGAGAAAGGAUCAAUCCCCUGGCACGAGAGCCAAUAUCCCUGUCAGUUUCUGUUCAACUACCUUCUUCUUAAAGAAUUGGACGCUCCGUAG